GUUCAUUUCACAAUUCGACUGUUCUCGGAACACAUACCUUUUUUGCUUCCCAAAAAAUUUAUUUGUUCUCCAAAUCUAAGAUAUUUAAAUUAGUAUUGUUGAAAUUAGCCACAGCGAAUAAUUUGUGAACAUGUCUAGGAACUAUGGACCUGGACCUGGAGCCUACAUGCUACCCAGCAGUUUUGGACAAAAAGGACCUCAGUUCUCCUUCGGCCGCAGAAUUGACCGCAAAAGAGAUGAAAAACCUGGUCCGGGUCCUGCUGCUUAUAAGGUGGAUAAAGUGACACGCUACGGAAACGCGGAGGGUCCACAGUUUUCCAUGUAUGUUAGGAACUCCAAGAUGAAACCCCUUCCCAUUCGAUUGUCUUGAAGAUUCGAUCCUGAUUCCGUAUUUAGUAAUGAAGUUUCUAAAACAGUCGAUAUUGUGAUCCGGUUGUCCACUCAAUUCGCCCGCAUUGCAUUUCCAAUUUGCUUCAAUUAAUGCCCAAGACAUUGAUGCACAAUUUCCAUUCAAAUCGAUGCCAUGGCAACGGGGAUUGCUAAUCGCCCUUAACUCGGCAAUUAAUUCGACGACAUAUUCAAUUCGAAUGGAGAUGGGUGAUGGGCAAUGGAUGGACCAAAUGCAAAUCGGCGGCGGGGGUGGAGAAUCGGGAAAUGGUAAUAAUGACAGUCUGUGGUAGCUGGUGGCAUGAGAAUUGAUACACAAUGCGGCGACAACCACUUGUUGGACCUGUUGGAAGAGCCUUUGGUCAGGACACUACUUCUCAUCACUUCAGGACGAGAGCUUAGAUGAGGGCACUUCAGCUGUUGGUCGGCUUUGUGAAUGUGCCCGAGUGGACAGAAGGACUGGUGGAACUGUAAUGAAGCCGCCGGCCUAAGUAACUCACUUUGCAGUCCAGGCCAGUCGUCUACUGAGUGACUGAACCGCGCCAAAGGAGCAGCUUCUGGCAUCUAAGCGAAAGCCUGUUAUUUUCCUCGCUGCCUGUAAUAAUCACACAGUAAACAGGCAGCGGUCAGAAGACUUGACUGGGGUGGGGAUGGCCUGGAUACACUGAGAAAAAUGUCUGCUGUUUGUUACAUUAAACAAAUUACAUGCU